UUUUUACGUAAAAUUUCCGUUUAGACCUGAGUGAUAAAUCAGUUAUCCUGUUCCCUGGGCAAGGAAUGCAGUUUGUUGGAAUGGGGCAGAAGCUUCUUGAUGUUCCUUCGGUGAAAGAACUUUAUAAUGAUGCCAGCCAAAUAUUGGGUUAUGAUCUGCUAGAACUCUGUCUGAGGGGACCUAAAUCCACGCUCGAUGAGACAGUUUAUUGCCAGCCUGCUACAGUAGUUUCUAGUUUAGCAGCAGUAGAAUUGUUAUAUCAACAACAGGAGACAGCAGUGAGUAACUGUAUGGCUGUUGCUGGGUUCUCUGUUGGAGAAAUCACAGCUUUAAUAUUUACAGGAGCUAUUUCAUUCCCGGAGGGAAUUAACUUGGUCAAAAUCAGAGCAGAGGCGAUGCAAGCUUCUAGUCAACUCACUAGAUCCGGGAUGAUGUCCGUAUUUAUAGGAGCUGAUAAUAAACUCCCCCUAGGAUUACAGGUAGCUGAGGAGUGGUGUAGACGGGAGCACAAUAUCACAAAUCCAGUCUGCAGGGUAGCUAACCACCUGUAUACUGGGGCCAAGGUGGUAGCUGGUAACGAGGAAGGAUUACAGUUCCUCGAACAGAACAGAGACGACUUCCAAAUCCGUAAAACUAAACGAUUACCAGUCAGUGGAGCUUUCCAUACACCUUUAAUGCAACCAGCAGUAGAACCUUUCACAGAAGCUCUCAAAUUCACUAAAAUAUCAAAUCCAAGGUUUUUCACUUUUAUAUUUUUUUCAUAUUCAUGUUCGUGGCCGUGUUCAUGA